AUGAUCAACUCCCUGCCGCACCAUCUUGAGGACAUUGAUAAUAGAGUGCAGCUCAAGAAAAAAUUGAAGGACUGGCUGCAAGUACUGAAAGUGCUGCAAGGUGACUCUGACGACCUGGCAAUUCUGCUAUGGUUUCUUUCUGCGGUGGGUUUGCGUGCCUGGCUGGUGCUCGGUGUGGGCAUACCCCACGGUCGCAGCUCGUUUGUGCUGACUCAGCGAGGUGGUGGCGUGGAGGGCGAAAGUGGAGGAGACCAGUGGCAUGUGUGGGAUCCGACCACCGGACAGAAGUUUGCGCUGACUGACAGUUUUUGUCCUCUGCAUCGGGUGCACUGUCUUAUCAAUGAUGAAAACGUAUGGAUGAACGUUCAACGUGAAGAUCUACUACGCCGUGUGCGCCUUGACGUGGGACGUCGCGGCGACUGGUGCGGCAUGUUUGCCAGGGGCGCCGCAGCCGCUGCAGCCGCCGCCAGUCUGCAGCCGACGCAGCUCGAAUUCGCGCCCACUUCCGCUGCAGACGCCCAG